UACGUCGCGAUCCUCGCGCCCCGCGAUGUAGAUCCGUCGUCUCUGCCUGUCUCUCGAAUCGUGCGGAGGAGAGAAGCCCCUUUCGCUCCCUGCGCCUUCGUGUCUCUUGUAACAUUUAACCUUUCACCCCGCACGGCGAGGGGGAUCUAAUUGUUACGCGCCUCGUUGUCCGGGCGAGCUGUAAUGUCGUUAGGUGCGUACGACAGGCAGCGACAUGGAAGGCCAACAGUUCUGUUUACGGUGGCAUAAUUUUCAAAAUACUCUCUUGAGCUCGCUCCCGAAGUUGCUCGACGGAGGUCAUCUGACAGACGUUACGCUCAGCGCCGGCGGUGGACAUAUUCACGCUCAUAGAAUCAUACUCUCGGCUUGUAGUCAUUACUUUAAAGAUCUCUUCAAGAACUUGAGCUCCUUACAACAUCCGGUCAUUGUGCUGCCAGGCAUGGAGUAUGCAAAUCUGUGCGCUCUGGUCAAGUUUAUGUAUAAUGGAGAAGUGAAUAUUUAUCAGGAGCAAUUACCGGCACUUUUAGCUAUGGCUAACACAUUGCACAUUUGUGGAUUAGCUGAUAUGGCUGGGAAGAAUCCGAGACAGGAUAACGGCUUGUACGUGCAAUCGUCAGUAGUGCAUUCUCAGGAAGGACUGUCGAACGAAGAGAUGAUAACGGAGUCGAAAGACAUUAUAACGGCCGGAUCGUCAGAAUCGGCAUCUGUACCGUUGCCUAAAGUAAUGGAUAAUUUAGAGGACGAAGAGCCUAGCAACGAUCAAGAAAGUAUACCGUAUUGCGUUAAGACGAAGCCUUAUUACUCCAUAAACGCCAAGUUAAACCAGAGGGAGAAAACGUCUGUUCCUGUUAACGUGUCGGCUAACAAGUAUAUCGAUAGAGGCUACUCAGAGAAUAUAGCGGACGAGGCAACGUCGAUCGUGGAGGAUCAAGUCACGCCUAUGGAGGACGUGAAGCCACCGCCGGCUGUGUGGGACGCGAGUUUCAAGUUGCUCGCGGCGUCCGCACCUAGUAGAACUUCCCAGACUUACAACAAGUCCAGUGUCACUUGUCUUAUCUGUGGUAAACAAUUGAGUAAUCAGUACAACUUGCGUGUACACAUGGAGACGCAUAGCAAUAGCUCGUACAGCUGCACAUCGUGUUCGCAUGUGUCACGAUCGCGAGAUGCUCUCAGGAAACACGUGUCUUACAGACACCCAGUAGCUUCCUCUCAAAAACGUCCGCGGUAUAGUACGUCAAAGCCGUCAAUACUGUGAUGGUAAAGUCACUCUACUGUGUUACUCUAUAUAGACACUUUAACCCUCGCUAGGAUACCUCUCUCUUACACUGAAUCUUUCUAUUAAAAGUUCAAAUUUAAAUUGAGGAAAGAGAAGGAAAGAGAUUAAAACAAAAUAUUUUAUUAAAUGUAUUGAAAAUAAUAGAGCGUUGUUCUAGGUAUGUUGAAUUAGAGAAUAAUUUAGCAACAAAGUUCAUAGAAUGAACACGCCCACCAAUGAAUGGUGUGGAUUGCGAACAUAGUUGAAUUUGUAAAAGCAGCACUCCGGACUGAUUAAUGGUAAGACAAAUCAUAAUAACAUCCUCGAUAAGUGUACAAAGUGUGAUCAUGUUCCUGAAGACUUUUAGUGUUCGAAUUGUUAUCGCUUUCUUGUUAUUGUUACAUCGUUUUAAUAAAGACAAGUUAGAUAAGUCGUGUGAUUCUUAGUGCAAAUGCAAUAUCUCUACAUAUAUGCGAAAAUAAAGCCGCGGCGCGAGAGCCUGCGGUCUUGGUUAUAUGGGAUGUGAAUUAUUCUACUAAUAAAGUCGAUAAAAAAGGUGCAAGAGAGA